AACAUGGAGUGGGUUCUUAAGAGUACACAGAUCCAUAGCGUAUUCAGCAAUCUUGGCUUUAUGCACGCUGGUGGAUAUCACGUAAAUGACAACUGUAACGCUGCCCUAGAAACUAUUUUACACAAUAUUUUAACUGAAGACAAGUAUCUACGGACAUACCGCAGGAGCAUCAAUUUCGGGCGAUUCAUAAAAAACGCCAUAAUACCUCUUUUGAUACACGCCAAGGAAGAUAAAACUAUAGAAUUACUAGUGAGAAUACUAGUCAAUUUGUCAAUACCCAUAGAGUGCUUGCUAUCAGUUGAAAUAACAUCACAAUCAGAUUUUGGUUUGCAUAUAGUAUUUGAAUUAAACCAGUUACUGACCGCCGCGAAAGCGGCUUUUACUGGUCCGCAAGCAACAAAAGUAGUUGUAGACUUUUUAAAGAAAAAUGUGGGUCCUGAUCAACAAAAAGUGUCACUGGAACGAUGUACAAAUAUAAGUAACAGUCUCUUGUUAUUAAGAAACAUACUGCAUAUACCAGAGGACUUUGAAAGUCCUAUUUCAGGCAACAAUGGAUCCGGUCACGCCGUGCAAAAUCAGAUUCUCUGGAACAUGUUUAGCCAAAACGUUGAUAAAGUACUGAUUAAGCUUAUGAUUAUACCGGAAGUGACUAAUUGGGGAGUGACAAUGGUACAACUUGUAGCACUGAUGUAUAAAAAUCAGCGUGUUGUUACAUUGCACAAACUUCUCAAUAUGUGGCUGGAGUCUUGUAAUUCUGAAAGUUCAGAAGACAAUGAAAGUAACACUUCCCCACUGGAUAGAGGCAGUGAAGAUUCGUCACCUAUGCUGACAUCAGAUUCGUCAGAUCCGGUUGGUUUCGAAAAAAGUAACGAUGGACCAAAUUCGGAGACCAACGGGUGGGGAAUUUCCGAAAACAAUACAAUGAAAGAUCAGAAUCAACAGUUUCAACAUCCGUUACCUAAUGACAAUGACAUUCACAUGAGGGAUCAAGACAUUCGAGACGCAUCGACUGGCGAUGAAAAUAUGAAAUCUGUUAAUGAAGAAAAAGUGGUGUCAGAAUAUGCACCAGCCGAAACAAGUAAUAAUCAACAACCAACAAAAGCUGAGAAGAAGGGAAAAGGGAAAUUACAUGAAAUCGAAAAUCAAGGGUCAAUUUCUACUUCAAGCAACGAUGACGAGAUAUCUUUAAAAAAACCAGUUCAUCAAAAACCUCACAAUCCUAAACAAAGAGUGAACACCAAGGCCCGGACUUCUAAUGUAACAACAUUAGAAGAGAGAAAGCGUAAAAAGAUAACUAAAAGGAGUAAAGCGAACAUCAUAAACGUACAAGGGCUCACUCAUAAGGCUCCAACAGAUGAUGACUUAUCCUAUGUACUUAAAGAAUUUACUGUUGACUUUUUACUCAAAGGUUACAACUCUUUGGUACAAACACUACAUAGUCAAAUCCUCACAAACGUAUUGUUAGAAAUCGAGACGUCCCAUUUUUUCUGGUUAGUGACUUAUUUUCUGAAGUUUGCUAUCCAAAUCGAGGUGGACUUAGAAGCAAUUUCCGGUGUAUUAUCAUUUGAUAUAGUAUCGUAUUUGACCGCUGAGGGUGUCAAUUUAUGUGAACAAUUUGAACUGGAUGUUAAGCUAGACAGAAAUGACUUGAAGCUAAGUAGCCGGCGUCUUCAUCUGGUUGUUACAGCCAUCAGAGAGUUGGUACAAGCUAUUGAAAUGUACAAAAAGUUUCCGCAUAUUAGUACCGGUGAUAAAGAUGCCCUUAUAACAUUACAAAACAAAAUGUGUGAAACCGAUGAAUUGAGGUCACUUUUAUUGCUUCUGUUACGUCACAAUAAUCCGAAAUACAACUCCAAGCAGUAUUUACAGGACCUCGUUGUAACAAACCACAUACUGCUGACGUUUUUGGAUGGCGCCAUGAAAAACCCAAACUACACCGGUUCUACCGACAUCGUAGAACACAUUAGACAGUUCGCGGCUCCUGAAAUAAUGUACCAAUACGCGCUAUUGCUAGAAGACUACGCGGUGAACGGGGAGUACGUGAACGACUGCGUGUUCACGAUCAUGCACCACGUGGGAGGGGAGUUGGACUGUUUGACCAGUUUAUAUCUACCCAAGAUAUUGAAGACGUUCACUUCUAUUUGUCAGUCUGAAUUUGAAGUUUGCGACGAUUGGUCUGAUUUAAUACAAUACGUGAUAAACACAUUCACAAGGAAUUCGCUGUCAACGAUAGUCAAUUUUAGAAUGGAUACAAAGAAAGAUCCCCAGCCUGCGGCCAAAGGGGGGAAGAAAAGGUCUCUACACAGCAGUGCGAGUCAGUCAACUAAAACAAGGUGGUCUGAACAUGAACAGUCCGCUUUAAAUUGGUAUUAUCUGCAAUGCAACAAUCAUCCAGAUGUCAUCGGCAAAAUAUUAAGAUGCCUUAAAGAACACGGCACAGUUAAGUCUAGAUAUUCUGUGAUCAGAGAAUUAUACAAGCGAAAUAUAAUAAACAAAGAGGAAUACGAAAAACUGUCUAAGUCUGAAGUUAAGGCCGAUAGGGGCGCUAAAAUGAAUAAAGAAAUAAGGUAUGUCGAGAUUGGAAAGCUUUGUGAGCAACUGCGACAAGACGGGAAAACGAAAUGUUUGGACUGGGUUCAACAAGUUUUACUUGAAACUUGUUACGCAAAAUUGCAAAUUGAGAAGAAGUACCGUAGCGAAUGCGGCACGACCGCGGGUCACACGGGUAUCGACCAGUUCAAGUUGUUUAAUCAAGGGUACAAUUCGCCAGUGAUGUCUCCUGUGUCCUAUCACGCUCUACUUCUUAAUCAGUCUGUGCCGCUGGUACCAUGGAAUUGUGAAAAAGCUACCAUGUGCAAGGAUUUAAAGUUUUUGCAACUGCUACAUAAAUUGGGGUUUCAAAUGCCGGUUGACACCGGCAAAGUAUUCAUUAGGAUACCGCACGUCUGGACAGCUGAUAUCUUGUACGAAAUAGCUGGCAAAGUCGCUGUUAUUGACGCAACAAAACUAAAAUUCUCCAUCACCGAUAUAACUAGUAGCGGAUCUAAGAACGCUAAGCAGCGGUGCAACUCGCCGCUGUCGACGCCCACCAACGACGUCACAUCGACGAUCACCGCACCAGACAACUUCUAUCAGAUCCACAAACAGAAACACCUCGCUGCUAUUAUGAAUUUUACGCCUAGGCCAGGGUCGUCGUUCAACACGGAUGUUCAAAAUGAAAGCAAACUUAGUUGGCUGGCAGUAGUGCAACAGGCUCAAGAGCUUAAAUUGAUUUGUAACGUGGGAAGUGUCCUGGAAGACGUAGAGGAGCUAACACAGGCGAAGGUGCCGGCGGCGGUGCAGCGCGCGGCGUCCGCGCCCGUCCUGCCAGCGGCGUCCGCGCCCGUCCUGCAAGAGGAGCGCUCGGAGUUGGAGGACAACAACAGCGACAGCGAAGCUGCAUCGAUUGCAUCAGACCUAACCCGCAUGUACGUUUCGGACGAAGAGGAAAAAUUGGAGACUGCGCUUCGGCCUAGCGUCACAGCGAACACCGUCGGCGAUGGCGAGACCGGCCGCGCAGACCGCCCGCUCCACCGGCGAGUGAUCCGGGGUCGACGCUCCAACAUUCUGAAAAAAGCCUAA